AUGGAUACCGAUAAUGCACAAUCUAUACCCGAUAAAAAAUCUUGUGUAAUUGACUCUGAUAUUAAAAGAAAAAUAUUGGAAUAUAAACAUGAAAAUCCAUCCCUCUUUGCAUGGGAAGUUCGUGAUUGUCUUUCGGAAGAAAUGAAUUGCAAGUUAGAAGACCUUCCAAGUGUAUCAUCAAUACAUACACUUUUAAAAAAUCUUGAUUCAAAAUCCGGAGAUAAACAUCAAAAUCAAACAUCGUUUACACAAAAACAAAAUGAUGGGUUAGAACAAGUUUUUAAUAUUAAACAUUAUCCCGAACUAUCUGAACGUGAAAAACUUGCAUUAGAAUUCAAUAUAUCUGAACCAAGAAUUCAAAUAUGGUUCCAAAAUCGUCGAAUGGAAUAUCGUGAAUCUGAAAAAGUAAAAUUUCAUCAGCAAGAUCAACCAAAGCAGCCAACUGAUUUGCUCUCAGCAAAUAAAUUCUGCUCUUUACUUUAA